GGAGUUAUUCAGUUAUUCAGAGUUGGGAGUUGUCUCUCUAUGAGGAAGCAGCAGAGACUAGAACCCGAACUACGACUGUCUGGACCAGAACACUCAGACACGUUGAUAAAAGUUCGCGAGUGUUUUUCGCACGGGAUUUAAAGGUGAAUUAAAACGACAGUGGCAGCAGCUCCGCUCUGUUAGCCGUACGUCGCUAACGGCUAAGCUACUUCAGACCGGGAAGUAACGGAAGUGUUUUAUUUUAUUUUUUUUACAGAAGAAGAAGAAGAAGAUGAUGAGUGGAGGAUUGAACAGCAUCGAUGCCGUGAAGAAGAAGAUUAAAGUUCUUCAGGACCAGGCAGAGGAGGCUGAGGAGAGGGCGGAGAGACUGCAGAGGGAGGUGGAGAAGGAGAGGAAGACCAGAGAGGAGGCGGAGUCAGAUGUUUCGUCUCUGACUCGUCAUCUUCAGAACAUUGAAGACGAUCUGGACCAAGUUCAGGAGAGACUUGAGACCUCUCUACAGAAACUGAACGAGGUGGAGAGAGUCGCUGACGAGAGCGAGAGAGGGAAGAAGGUCAUAGAGAACAGAGCUCUAAAGGACGAGGAGAAGUUGGAGCAGCUCAAAUCUCAAGUGGGAGAAGCCAAACAAAUUGCUGAGGAGGCGGACCAGAAAUAUGAGGAGGUGGCUCGAAAGGUGGUGAUGGUUGAAGGAGAACUGGAGCGAGCUGAAUGCAGAGCAGAGCAGGCUGAAAGCAAAUGUCGAGAGAUGGAGGAGGAGCUGAAAACUGUUUUCUCUGGUUCAAAGUCUCUGGAUGCCCAGGCUGAGAAGUAUAAUCAAAAGGAAGACCGGUAUGAGGAGGAGAUCAAGAUCCUGAGUGAGAAACUCCAGCAGGCUGAGAUAAGAGCAGAGAAUGCUGAGGGUUCCGUCUCCAAACUGGAGAGAAAAAGUGACAAACUGGAAGAUGACUUGACUUCGAUCAGAAAUGCAAACAUGGAGCUUCAGGCGAAUCUGCACCAGACGAUGGAGGACCUGAACUCCUGCUGAAGCCCCACCUCUUCUUCACUCCUCUCCUCCCCAGUAAUGUGGCCAAAACGUUCCUGUUACUCGUCAGCACCCCCUGCUGCUGAGCUACUGCUAACACUAAACCCCCCCCCCCCCCCCCGCACUCCUCUUCAUUUCUUUUACAUUCCUUCUUUGAGCAUUUAUUCACAUUUUCAGGGUUGCUUUACUUUACUUAACCACGCCUCUACAUUCUCCACCCCCUUCAGUAUUACAUGAGAAUUUUUUUUUAUAGCCGGUGACUAAUCAAACAUUCCUCUAUUAAUAACAAAGUACUAAUGGUUUUCUUUGUGUCAUUUGCUACAGCAAUGAUUAAUGACCAAUCACUUUAAUUGAUAUAUAUUUAGUUUUUUUGUGGGUGUGAUCUAAGGUAGCCAGUCAGAGUAAGGCAUUGUGCUGCCAUAUAUGGAAACCCUGGGGCCAAACUGGUGUGAUGAUGUCAUCACUGUGAUGUCACAAGUCAUUGUAAUAAAUCAGGACAGAUUCAUCACUGCCAA